CAUUGUAGUAUUUCUACAGUUAUCGUUAAAAUGAAGUUCUUUACGUUCGCAUUCAUUGCAAGUCUUUGCUUCGUAGCUGUUUAUUCAAGCUCCGCUGUUGUGGAAGAACCAAUUGACAUAAGUCUCGAAUCGCUUGAAUCCCUUGAUUUCGAUAUUGAUUUUUAUGGCGAAGAUAGAGGCUUUUACGGAACUCUUAAAAAGAUCUUACGCGGUGUGAAAGGGUUGAAUUGUCUUAUUAAGGCUGUGCUGAAUAUACAAAAUGUAACAGAAACAUUCCUCACAGAUGUGAAAGCAUGUGGCGGUAAUGUCUCCAAACAAUUGAAAGCAGUUAUUAGUGCUUGUAAUGAUAUCAUUAAGACCACCAAUGAAAUCCUAAAUUUGAACGAUACUAUUUGUAAUAAUAGUGAAGACAGUCAUUUGGAUGAAGAUGCUACAAACUCCAAGAAAUGUAUUGUGAAAGUCGCCAAAAAAAUUGUGACCUUGAAUAAGCAAAUUAAGAAAGCAAUAAAAUUGAUUAAGAAGGUCCCACAAGCUCCUGGUGAUGCUGGCAAAUGUGUCAAUGAUGCUUUGGAUGAAUUACAGAAUUAUUUCGUACAAUUCAAACCAGCCGUUAUUGAAUGCUCCAAAUUGACUAGUUAAGGUGUUAAAAAAAUAAAAAAAUUAAAAAUGAAUUGAA